CAAUCACCUGACGGGAAACAACGCGUCACGUGGCCGGAAGCGGCGGCGCGGCGGCGGUCACGUGAUCCCGACGGGACCCGCGAUGGCGGCGGAGUGGCUGCUGCUGGCGCUGGCGCUGGCGCUGCCCCCCGAGCGCCCCCUGGCGGCCGAGCCCCGCAAGGUGCAGAUCGGGGUGCGGCGGCGGCCGGAGCGCUGCGGGGAGAGAUCGCGGCGGGGGGACGUGCUGACCCUGCACUACUCGGGCACGCUGGAGGACGGGACCCCCUUCGACAGCAGCCUGAGCCGGGAGCAGCCGUUCGUGUUCUCGCUGGGCACCGGGCAGGUCAUCAAGGGCUGGGACCAGGGGCUGCUGGGGAUGUGCGAGGGGGAGAAGAGGAAGCUCGUGAUCCCCCCGGAGCUGGGUGAGACCCCGAGAACCGACCCCAAAAUGGGGAAAAAA